AUGAACCUUAUAUUUUACUUCCCAAGAUCAAUCAUGCGCAGUAACAUUUUGGCCACGGUCUACAUUUUAUCUUUAGCAGUAUCCAUUGUCAGUGGCUGCUCCGAGGUCUCUGGAAAUUGGUUCUGUAAUCCCGUGGAUGCUAUCUUGUACAGCAAUGUCGGCGCACCAGGAACUUACAAUCAAGUUACCGAUAUGUCCGCGGAUGGAAUUUGUUCUUCUACACCCAAGUCGUUUUCUGGCCCGCUUUCUCCAUUAGACGAAGAAGUCUCAUUUCACUUUCGGGGGCCUCUUCAGUUGAAGCAGUUCGCAGCAUACACACCGGGCACUACUGCUAGCAAGAAGAAACGUGAGGGAUCAACCGCUAGACGCCGUCGCCAUCUUCAGCAUAUUGAUAAACAUGCUAGGGGGGUCAAUCAGAAGCGUGAUAAAAUUCAUGCUACUAUUGAUGGACAACUUGUCUCAUGGGAUGAUAAUUAUCCCACCCCAGACCUUGAUGCUUUUAAUGGUGGUGCGAAGACGGUUACUGCUACAAUAAAUGGUGAAAUACAAACAUGGAUCAACAAUUGGUUUGGAUCAAGUACCACGACAAUGGCAUCCCAAACUUCUACUACCGUACCUCAAAGUGUAUCUCAAGGCGCAGCUACAAGCGAAGAGGCCCAGGAGACUUCUACCUCGAUCAUACCAUCUACCAGCAUAGCGUUGUCUCAGUCCCAGGCAUCCACACAUGCAUCUGCUUCUCAACCCCAAGCAUCUUCAACUACAUCUGCCUCGGAGUCUCAAGUAUCUGCAAGCACAACCAGCUCAGCCACAGCCACAGCUAUAGCAUCUGGAUCCUAUAGCAGAAUAGGUUAUUAUAAUUCUGCAGAGCAGACUCUUGAUAAUCUAGUAUUUCUUGGAAACUAUGGUGGUCAAGGCUCAGGCGUAUUUGAUGAAGCUUAUGGUGCUUCACUUUCUUUCGUGAAUAGCAGUGGCACGGGCGGUGCAUCAUCACCUCAAGUUCUCGCUGAUGCCACCUUGCCAUCAAAUGAAGAGAUCGUCGUGAUGCUUGACGAAGAAUGCAACAACGAUUGCGGCUAUGUGCGACCUGGAUCCGUUGCUUACCAUGGCUUCAAUGGAGCGAACAAAGUGUUCCUCUUAGAGUUUAGCAUGCCGAUAGAUGGAAGAACUGGAUUCAAUGGCGACAUGCCUUCGGUUUGGAUUCUUAACGCUCAGAUUCCUCGAACAAUUCAAUAUGGGAAUCCAAGUUGUUCAUGUUGGGAGUCUGGUUGCGGUGAGUUUGAUAUUGCAGAAGCACUGAAUAGUGGUUCGACAUUCCUGAAGUCCACACUUCACACGAACAAACCGGGAGGAGAUUCGGACUAUUUUGUUCGGCCGACUUCCAGCACAAUGAAACUUGCCGUCGUAUUCAGUUCUGCCACUUCAAGUAUACAAAUACAGGUUCUUCCGACGAGCUACGAAUUUCCAACAAGUCUGACAACAGACGAAAUUCAAAGCAUCUGUGGCACAAGUAGUGGAGGUCAACUCUCUGAAUUUGCCAUCUCCUAA